AUGGGGAUCAAGCAGUGCACUUGUGCUGAUGAGCACCGGUGGUGCAAUCUAUGCAUAGACUUGGUGGCAUUUACCAGUGAAAUAUUCAAGGGAGCGGUUUUCCAGUCAUUGGAUGGAAUUAUUGUCUCAGCUAACUGUAAGCUGCGGAAGAUCUUCACUUUAAAAUGCAAGCCUCAAGACACUGCUGAUAAAGAUGCUGGAUAUGGUGUUCCCUUUCCAACAGCUGAACCUACAGACAUUAUUCCACGAAGCUGCCAACUAACGACAGAUGUUCCACAAGUCACACAGCUGCUAAACAUGACUAAACUCCGCCAAACUGAAAUAAAAUUUGGAGGUCAUCCUCUAAGUUCAGCAGAAUCAGAUCAGUUCAUUAACAGGGGAACAGGUAGUGUGCGGAACAGUAAAAAUCAAGAUGUUUGUCAUAUCGCUUUCGGAUCCAGAGUUCUGGGACCACCUCCACUCUCUGGCAGAAGGAAUAACAUGAGGAUAUCCAGUGAGACAGUAAGAUCCGUUGGGUCCAGAAAUAACCGAUCACGCCAACAGUCUGUGGCUGAGGACUGUGUUAGCAGUGCAGAGAUGUCAGCCUCGCUGAUGCCGGAGUCUGAGGAGCAAGCAGAUAAAGAAAAUAUUCGCCAAAUAAAGCAGACUAUACCUGUUCGUGCCAAUCUGCAAGUUAUGCAUCCACAUCCCCCUCAAGAACCAUCAGCAGAUAAGAAUAAUAGCAGGAGAAGAUUAUGGUUAAAAAGCACCAGCAGAGAAAGGACAGAGGCACACAGCGGCAGUUCUUCAGGAAAUAACAGGAAUGAAGAUAAAGCAACAGUUGCCCUCAACAGUGGGUCCCAACAAAGCACAGAGAUGAAACCCAGCUCUCCAGCACUGCAGUCUCCUGAUCAAGCAGAUGAGUGGAUAUUUCCUGAAAAUGUUGAUCACAUUUCCCAUUUGGCAUCCAGCAGACAGUCUCUCCUUCUGGAUGAUGAUUCCUGCCACGCUUCACAUCUGUGGCUGGAAGCCAGCAAGGAGAGUGAACAUGGUCAACUGGCAGAGGAAACCCAGGUUGUUCCAAAGGACAUUUUCACUUUUUCAUCAAGACCACGAUCAGCACCUCAUGGAAAAAUUCAGAACAUGUCCCCAGAGGGGUGCCCAUUUAUUUUGGAUCUAAAAGAGGAUGCCAGUGUGACAAGGAGAGACACCGAAUCAGAGGAUGAUUUUUACGGCAGUGACAGCAGCGAAGAGGAAUAUGAUUGGAGAAACUAUCAGCCCAGCCAGAUGAGUGAAUCUGAGUUGCAAAUGCUGGCAAGCCUGCGGCGGCAACAGAAUGAAGAACUGGAGGACCCGGGGGCUCCCCACGGCCUGAGCGCAUCCCAGGUUGACAACUGUAACGUCAGCAUUAGUACCAGCAGCGACGACACGACUACCUGGAACUCCUGCCUGCCACCACCUGUCAACCAGGGUCGUCACUAUCAGAAAGAAAUGAAUCCACCUUCUCCUUCUAACCCCCGGGACUGGUUAAAUAUGUUGAGCCCACCGAUUGUUCCUCCCAGUCAACAGCCAACAGACCAGCAUCUGGAUUCUUCUGGAAGCUUGAGUGCUCAAGGUGAAGAAGACCCGAGUGUGGAAGAGGGCGAGGAGGUGCUGACUCUGCUGUAUGACCCGUGUCUGAACUGCUACUUUGAUCCCCAGACGGGGAAAUACUACGAGCUGGUGUGAGGCCUCCCUCCGGCGCCUAGAAUGGCCGCGCCCAGGGGGAGCAG